CAGCGUUUUCCCCUUUCAUUCUCCUUUCCUUUCUGUUCUGAGUUUUUCUCGUAGCAAUGUUGGAUCUCACCGCGGAGUUGGUAGCUCAGGCGGCAUCCAACUCUCUCGUCGUCUUCUGUUUCUGCAAUCUACUCAUAGUCAUCAUCCUCAUGUCCCCAAAACCCAGCUUGGAUUUCGACGAGAGAAGCGAGCUACAUCUUACAGUCGUCACCCACGACGGUGUGUUAGAUGAGCAGAGAAUAGACAUUGAGCAGCCACCUGAGGAUGAGGAGACGUGGCCGGAGGUUAUGCAGUUGUGCGUGUGUGAAAACUUAGAAAAGGAAGGCGGGAGCUACAACGGCAAGGGUGAAGAUGAUAACGAAGAUGACGGCGAAAGUAAUAAUGACGACGACGAUGAAUUGAGAAGAAGGAUUGAAGCUUUUAUUGACAAGGUAAAUAGGGAAUGGAAGGAAGAGAAAUUGAGAACACAGUCUAUGUGAGCAAGUGGAUUUUUGUGAGCCCUUUUUGUACUAAAUUAAAGAAACUCAGUUGGGAUUGAUUCCCAAUCUCUGUAGCAUGAUAGUAAUGACUUAUGAGGCUACUUUGUGUAUUAGUCACCCAAAGAAACUAGUGAAAAAAAUUAGUAUCCCUCAAAACAAGAA